AUGGUUAAUUUCUGCCACUUCAUCCGAAUGACUAAGCAAUUUGAGUGCAUCAUACCAAACCGGCUUAGCGAUCGACCUUUGAAAACAUUGCAAAGAGGAGAGGAUCCGGUGAUGGAUCAAAUCCUCAAUUCCUUGGGAAGCUUGGCCGAGCAUUGUCUUCCAUCCAUUUUGAAAACAUUGCUCCUGUGGUUCGAAAGACAAGGCGUUGAGGAUCACUGGGCCAGUCCGGAUCAUAAGCAGCAAAACAAAGCUGACCAAAAAGGCAAAAGGUUGGAAGCGAACCCAAACGGAGCGAACAUGCAUUUGAUCGCUGACUUGUAUGCAGAAGUUGUGGGAGUUCUUGUUCAGAGCCGGUUUCACUCUGUUCGUCAACGGUUUAUGGCGGAGCUGAAAGAACUACGUAGUAAAGAGCCUGGGAUUCACGCCACAGAAAGUGUGCAGAGCUUGAUGCUCGGAAUGCGUUUCUUCCGCGUGAAGAUGGUACCCAUUGAGGAAUUCGAAGCGUCCUUCCAGUUUCUUCAAGAAUGCGCGCAAUAUUUCCUGGAAGUGAAAGAAAAGGAAAUUAAAAAUUCUCUGGCGGGCCUUUUCGUCGAAAUUCUUACACCGCUUGCGUCGUUUUUGACGCUGUGCUUGCAGCAGUUGAAGAGCAGGGACUCCAAGAUGGCUCGAGUUGCUUUAGAAUCACUGUAUCGUCUCAUUUGGGUGUACAUGAUUCGCAUAAAGUGCGAGAGUAACACCGCGACGCACUCAAGGUUGCAAAGUAUCGUAAACUCAUUGUUUCCCAAGGGCUCGAAAGGCGUCGUACCACGUGAUGUUCCGCUGUCCAUUUUUGUUAAAAUCAUACAAUUCAUUGCCCAGGAACGAUUGGAUUUUGCCAUGAGAGAAAUCAUCUUCGAGCUGUUAUCAGUCGGGAGGCAAAUAAAUAAAUUCGUGCUCACGCCGGAACGAUUUUCUAUUGGCUUGAGAGCGUUUUUAGUGAUCGCGGAUGCUUUGCAGCAAAAGGAAGGCGAGCCUCCGAUGCCACAGAAUUUCGCACCUCUUCCGUCAGGUUCGACCUUACGCGUGAAAAAGACUUACCUCACGAAGACUCUCACAGACGAUACUGCGCGGUCGCUUGGAUUGCACACGUACUAUCCACACGUGAAGAAAGUUUUUGGUGAUAUAUUGCGUGCUCUCGAUAGCCAAGUUGGUCGGCCGUUGAUGAUGACAUCCAGUCAGAAUGCUAAUAAGGAACCUAUCGAAAUCAUGACUGAAGAUCGAAAGCCAAAAAUCGAUCUGUUCCGAACAUCAAUUGCUGCUGUUCCGCGUUUGAUGCCAGAGGGCCUUUCCAAAACCGACCUGUUGGAACUUUUGUGUCGUCUUACUGUGCAUUUCGACGACGAACUUCGCGGGCACGCCUGCCAAAGCAUGCAAACCAUGACCCACGACUUCCCUACUUGGCGAGGAGAUGUCGUUCAAACGUACAUCGGCUUUCUAGUGAAGGAAGUGGGUGACACGCAUACGCAGUUCGUGGAUCAAGGCUUGAGAAUUAUAAUCCAGCUAUUGGCAACUUGGAAAAACGCCCUGCAUGCGGAUGCUGGAGAAACAAAGAAUGGGAAGAAUGAGAAAAAGAGCAGUGGUAAUGCGGAUAAGAAAAUGCAUUUAGCUGCUGGUGGCGUUGAUCACAGUCUUGAAAAAAAUUCUGCCUUGAUUGAGCAGCACAUUGCUGUUCUACAUGCUGUUGAAGGCUAUGCGAUGGUCAAGCUCUGCAACGUGCGGCUUGUUCCUCGACGUUUGGCUGUCACGAUUUUGCGCGAAGUGAAAAUUCUGGGAAAAACUUUGAGGGGAUCACCGCACGUGAAUGACGAAGAAUGGGUUUCGGACGUGUUGGAUCAAUUAUGCCCCACUGUGAUUGAAACGUGUUUACCACUUCUGCCUCAAGUUGAAAAAACUGCUUUUUUGAGCUCGCCCUCUGUGGAUAUGCAUUGGCUGGUCGAACGGAGUAACACGAUAUGGACAGCAGGGUUCUUGGAAUCGAGUGAGCCCGGGGGCGGUGCAAAAUCGGGACUUCCACCGUCUUCCAACCCGACGGGUGAUAUCAGUGAUCCGUGGGCCAAAUGUCUCAUCGGAUUUCUCAACAAAGAUUUCAUCCAUAAGAGAUGCAGAUCUGCUUCAGUUCACGCCUGGUCGAUCUCAUUCCACCGUCUGAAUGCCCUGUUUUCUGUCAUCGAUCCCAACCCUAUUAAUGAACAAAGAGCAUCAUUGUUGAGAAGUGCAUCGGCUGUGAAGAAACCCACCACGGAAAAGGACAUUAGCUUAGGACUUUGGAAAAACUACGCUGUAUUUGCUUGUCGUGUUGUCCCAGCGAAUGUUCCGAUGGCGAUAAGGUGUGCGUCACCGGAUUUGGGGCCCAGUUCGUCACCGGAAAGCUGGCUUGGCGAGAAAGCAGACGGGCACAAAAUCAAUGCCCUUUCGCACAUCAUGAGUAUUGUUCCGCAAUCCCCGACCGCGCUUUACAAAUUGCUGACGCCGUUACUGCGCUGCGAAUCUGUCGGAGUUCGAGACGCUGCGGUCCUUGCACUUGGGGCCGUGAAUCACGCUGCGAUCAAAGACCUGAUGGAGGAACUGGUGUCUUACAUCAGGGAAGCGUUGGAUCGAAAGCAGGAAAAUAUGCGACGUCGUCGAAGACGAGACGCUUUGCGCCUCCAGCUUGUUCGAGUCUUUCAUUUGAUCGCUCAGAUUGGUACAUUCGGAAUCAGCUCGUGUGUAUUGGACAAAGACCAACAGAGUCUACAUCCCUCUUUUGUUGAGUACAUUGACGGUGCUCGGCUUUAUUUAGAGUCGGACAACGACAAAGACGUACCCGCAUUGAAGGACAUCAAAACCCAUUUUUGCGGCUUUAUAACCAGCCUAAUUUCCAGUUUUUCACUUAAGUUUUUGUUCCGAGUUCUUCAGUCUUCGUCUCGUUGGUCUGCGUUGACGGAAGGACAAGAUAUGUUUUAUUCUCCUGAACGUCGAGUCACUCGAUUUCGAGUGGCUGCUCUUGGACACGACACGUUGGUACUUCUGUUGGAAUUCAACUUCGAAGUCGGCGCUCUUUUGGAUUGGGCAGUUGAUCGAUGUUACACAGCCAUUCCUCAAGUCGGCGACUCUUGUUUCCGUGCCAUCGCCGCCUUGUUCGGGUCCAGGUAAGACAUUU